AUAAAGUUAGCCGAUCAACAUUCACUUUUAUAAUUUUUUUUUUACGAAUCGUUUGUUGAUGAUUGUUGACCUAAUUACAACGUUUGCUGGUUAAAAUUUUUUUUGAAAAUACGAAAAUAAAAUUUUAUGUGAAGUUAGCCGGAAAGAUAUUAUUUUUAUUUCCAUCUUAGUUCACUCGAUGCGCAAUCAUUUUUUGGUCAUGGAAAAACUAAUUAAAACAUUUGUUGGUUCAUAUUUGCCUUGAAAAAAAAACUAAUGCAUUAAUGUUGGCGGGAGAGGGAUUGGUAAAACUUAAGAUUAAGGGCGACCUCACCGAUUUUAAUUACCUCAAUAUAUGUUGUCAAGGACAUAAUUCUGAAUAACUUUUUCUCCUAAUUUAAUCGCUUUUUGCUUAUUAAAAAGUUAUUAACAAAAAAGAUUUGAAAUAUACCAAAGUACAUGCACGGGCAAAAAGCACGCGCGCACGCGCAUACCACACACACGGGGAGGUGAUGCAAAGGGGGGCCUUUGGCCCCCUUCCCGCACCCGCUCCGCCGGUAGGCUGGGUGGACCUUGCUCUAUAAUGUAGCAUGUACUUCGUAAGUCCUCACGUGCGCUUUUCAAGGCAAAUAUGAACCAACAAACGUAUGUGUAUGGCCGCUCUUAGGCUUUUCUCUGUUCUCAAACUUCUCUCUCCUAUUUUUAAACGAUAAAUAAUAAUAACAAUAAGGUGUAUAGACGAUUCCAAUUGGAAGUCUCACAGCCAAAAUAAAAAAAAGAAGAUAAAUAACAAUUUUUAUUAGAUGAUAAUGAUGCUGAAUGGUUUAUAAUUAUGCAAAAUAUACAAAAAUUAUACCAAAAAGCGCUAAAAAUGUAUCCUAUGAGUACACAAGCAGUGCAAGCUGGAAUAUUAAUGGGACUUGGUGAUCAGAUUGCACAGAAUUUUAUAAAUAAUUCGAAAACCAUUGAUUUGGUACGUACAAUGCAAUUUGCUGGGAUUGGUUUGUUUAUUAGUGGUCCAACAACAAGAACUUGGUAUGGUAUUUUAGAUAAAUAUAUAGGUUCUAAAGGUUAUUCUGUUGCAAUAAAAAAGGUUGCAUGCGACCAAUUGUUAUUUGCACCUACAUUCAUAGCAGUUUUAUUAGUUGCUAUUGGUAUUUGUCAAGGAAAAGAUAUCGAAAAAAUAAAAAUUAAAGUACAAGAUGAAUAUAGUGACAUUUUAAUAAAUAAUUAUAAGCUUUGGCCUAUGGUACAACUCAUAAAUUUCUCUAUAGUACCUUUACAUUAUCAAGUUUUAGUUGUACAAUUAGUUGCUUUAUUUUGGAAUAGCUAUAUUUCAUACAAAACAAGUUUGGAUAAAAAUAAUGAAUUUAGAUAAAUAUAAUUGAUUAUCAAAUUCGUAAUUGAAUAUAGAUUAUGUACUGUGAACAUAAUGUGAACAUAUAUUAAUAUGUAUGUAAUAAUUAAAAUAUUUCAUAAUAGCAAUAAUUUUAAAAAAUCCUGUAAAAAUAUUUAUUCAUAAUAUAAUUUUGUUGACUA